GAUAUGUAUAAUUUAUAUGGUUAUGAUGAAUACGCAUUGUGUUUUAAUUUUAGAUAAAAUAGAAUUGUGUUGUAUAUGUUACCGGCAGUAUGGAUAAUCCGGUGUUUUGUGAAAUGCCUAGGCAUUAUAUAAAAUGCCAAAAAUCACUCGGAAAUAUGCACAAUACGAACUUUGCCUAGGUAUUAUGUAUAAUGCCAGAAGUGAAAUAGGAAAUAUGAUCAAAAUAAACAAAAUUGGGUAUCGACUAUUACUAGAGCGCGGUUUUUUGCAAGGAUUGUUUUUUAUUUAUUUAAAAUUUACAAAUUAAUUAAUAAUAAAAAUCUAUUAUUUUCAAUCAAUCUAUUAUAAUUUAUAAAGAUAACUGACAAAAAUCCAAAAAUGUGAAAAGAAAAAAAUAUGCAAUUGCAUAGAAAUCUGCGCUUUACCUAUUCAGUAUUCACCAACGACUUUACUUAUCGUUUAUUGUAAAUGCGUGUGCCGGCCGCCGCGUGAUGAUUUGACACAAUAAAGAUAAGAAUCUUAAUCUUUAUUGCAUCAGAUUCAUACCCUACUAUAAAAAUAAUAAUUCUGACGAACUAUAUUGAACAUAUUUUUAUUAUUUUAUCGUCAUUUUCGUAUCUCGUCGCGGUGUGAACUAAAUUGAACAUUCUUAAAAUAAAAACCGUAAAAAUUUGGCUAAUAAUACUAGUUUUUUGUCUGAUGAAAAAUAUAACGAAUUGAUAGAAAUUAUUGCAGAACUUAAAACUGGACGUAAGAAAAAAGAGCCUAAAGACUUCCGUUUAAUCAAAAGUGCAUAGAAAUCCGCGCCUUGAAGCCCUGUAUAUAAAGUAUGAUAUACUGGUUGUACAAGGAAAAACGAAACUUAUAUUCCCUGUAAAAGAUGACAAUGUUGUUCUGUAUUAUGUGCCAACCAGUGAGCUAUUUGAUAUAUUGCAAGCCACACAUGUAUCAAUAGGACAUGGUGGGCGUGAUCGAAUGAUCAAAGAACUUGGUAAUAAAUAUAAAAAUAUAACACGUAGUGAUAUAGAGACAUUUUUGCAUUUUUGUGAACCAUGUCAACAAAAACAAAAAGGCUCGAAAAAAGGAGUGGUAGUUAAACCAAUAAUAUCUCCAGACUUUAAUUCCCGAUGCCAAGUUGAUUUAAUAGACUUCCAGUCUCAUCCUGAUGGAAAAUUUAAAUUUAUUAUGGUGUACCAGGAUCACCUCACUAAAUUUGUUGUUCUCAAGCCCCUCGAAUUUAAACGGGCUGAAGAGGUAGCCUAUAAUAUUAUAGAUAUUUUUACGUUGCUUGGAGCUCCUACUAUUUUGCAGUCUGAUAAUGGACGAGAAUUUUCAAACCAAAUAGUGUCUAAUUUAAGAAACAUGUGGCCCGAAUUAAAAAUAGUACAUGGCAAACCGAGGCACAGUCAAUCUCAAGGUAGUGUAGAACGUGCAAAUCAGGAUAUUGAAAAUAUGUUGACAACGUGGAUGCAAGAUGAAAAAAACCGACACUGGAGCGAAGGACUUCGAUUCAUCCAGCUUAUGAAAAACCGAGCUUAUCAUUCUGGUAUUAAAAUGUCUCCAUAUGAAGCUUUAUUUGGCUGCAAAAUUAAAAUUGGUCUAAACACUUCAAAUUUACCACACGAUGUAAUAAGUACGAUAGAAAAUGAAGAACAGUUAGCUGAAUUAAUUACAGAACAGUCACAAAAAGUCGAAAAUGAAGUAUCAGCUGACACAGAACAUAUCACAGAACAACCACAAAAUAUUGAAAAUGAAGUAACAGAAACAGAAAAAAUUACAGAACAACCACAAAACAUCGAAAAUGAAGCAUUACAUACAGAACAACAAUUAGCUACAACUAUCAAAUUAAAUAACGAAAACGCCAAUAUCAUGCGAACUAGAGCCAAAGAAAAUCUGGAAAAUCAAGCAAAAAAAAUGAUGGCGUGGUCGGAUAAGAAGCUAUUACCGGUGGCAAUUCAUUCAACUGUACGUGUUCCAGUUCCUGAGGUAGAUAAAGGACGUUUAGAUGCAAGAAGUAUACUGGCAAUUGUUUUAGAAGUGACAAGUGAUGGUUUUUAUCGAUUAGGAACUCGGGAUGGAGUUCUGAAGCAGUUAUAUGCCAGAAGUCAGUUUACAGUAUGUCAGAAAAAGCUACUACAAAUUGACGAGGUUCCAAUAGAGACAGAAGUGGCAUUACGAACAGUCGCAAAGGAACAGUCCACAGGAACUGGCCAAGGAUUUUUUAAAUGUAUUUGUAAGACCAAGUGCCAAAAUAAAAAGUGCAUUUGCCUUAAAAAUAAUGUUUUGUGCACUUCAAAAUGUCAUUUUUCUACAACAUGUUGUAAUAAGUAGCUAUUAGUUUAAGUAAAAUGUAUAAAUAAUAUUACUUAAUAAAAUAAUAUAAUACAAUAAUAAUAAUAAUAUCAAUGUAUGAAAAUAUAGUAAUAGAUAAAAAUUAAAAAUUAAUAUAAUGUUUUAACAGAUUAUGAAAAAUUGUUUGUUACUUUGCCUAAAAAGAAAUUGGCAUUUUACAU